AUGAGCAGCGUUUCCAUCGCAAUGAAGGUCGCCGUAAUCGGAAGCGGAAUUUCCGGAGCCGUGUGCGCAUCGACUCUGGCCAAGAAUGGCGUUGCCGUCACAAUCUUCGAUUCCGGUCGUGGUCCCGGUGGACGCAUGUCUCAGAGAAGGGAGAUCGGCAAAGAUGGCAAGGAGCUGAUGUUCGACCAUGGAGCUCCGUUUUUCAGUGUGAGCAACUCUGAUGCAAUGGCCCUUGUUCACGACUGGGAGUCGAGAGGAUUUGUUUCUGAGUGGAAACAAGCCUUUGGGAGUUUCGAUUGUGCCUCCAACAAGUUUCUGGGCAUCCAAAGUGAAGAAGGGUCUGCCAACAAGUAUGUGGGUGUUCCGGGCAUGAACUCUAUAUCAAAGGCCCUGUGCCGCGAGUCUGGUGUUGAGAGUAUAUUUGGAACUGGCAUUGCCAAGCUGGAAUGGUUGGAGGAAGACUUACCGUGGCUGUUGAAAGGCUCAAAUGGAGAAAACUUGGGUCGUUUCCAUGGAUUGGUUGCGUCUGACAAAAACAUUGUUUCUCCAAGGUUUACUCAACUAACCGGACUCCCACCGCCUCUGGACUUAAAUCUAGUCCCGGAGUUGGCAACUAAGCUGCAAAAUAUCCCUGUUCUACCAUGCUUCUCUCUUAUGCUGGCUUUUAAGGAGCCAUUGUCCUUGAUGCCAGCAAAAGGCCUAUCUUUCAAGAAUUCAGAGAUUUUGAGCUGGGCUCAUUGUGAUAGCGCUAAGCCUGGACGCUCUUCUGAUAGUGAAAGAUGGAUACUGCAUUCUACUCCAGACUAUGCCAACAGUGUUAUUGCCAAGACAGGCCUCCAGAAGCUCUCGAAUGAAACACUAGACAUAAUAUCUCAAGAGAUGUGCAAAGAGUUUCAGUGCUCAGGCCUUGUUACUUCUCUCCCCUUUUUCAUGAAAGCCCACAGAUGGGGGAGUGCGUUCCCAGCCAAAAGCAUAGCCGUAGAGGACAGGUGUCUCUGGGAUAAAAACAGGAAUCUAGCAAUCUGUGGAGAUUUCUGCGUCAGCCCAAACGUGGAAGGUGCCAUACUCAGUGGCUUAGCUGCAGCGUCAAAGCUUUUGCAGACUUCCAGCUCAUUAUAG